AUCAGAAACUUACUAGUGUUAUCAAACUGAGUUGGAUCCAAAAGCUUAAUUCAUGGACGAAUGGGCUAUUCAAAGAUGUCUUGUCCUCGACGAUGGCUUUGGACUUAUUGGUCGUGCAUUGAGAGCGAGAAAGAGAGAGAGAGGCAUGCCAUCGAAUUAGGCGGUGUUUGGAGCACCAGAUCCCGGGCCCUCCAAAGUAGAAGGGCUCUUAAACCCUCUUAAACCCUAGACCCCGACACAACGAGAAGAGCAGCAGCAGCAGCAGCUGUCGGAGCUCUGUACUCGUCGCAGCAGCAGCACGAGCGAUCGACCGGAUCUCGAGCAAGUCCGAGGUUGGAAUUGGGAUUGGAAUUCUGCAAGGAGGAGGAAUGCCGGGUCGAUGCUGAGGCGGUUGUGCAGGAGGAAGGACGAUGACGGGAGGAUGUGGGGUUUUGCGAAGGCUGGUGAAUAGAUUUUACGCAGAUCCCAUCGGUAGCUUCGAUCGGGGCGUGAAGUUGUGGGUGGGACAACAGGACGCAAUUGCCAGGACUGGAAUUCGGUAUCACGAGAGCCUAGCCGCCGUAGCCAGCCCUUCCUGCGCACAUUCCUUUCUCCUGCAUCGAGGAUUUGCAUCCGACGAUGGCGGUGGCGGGAAGAAGAAGAAGAAGAAAACUCCUCUUCAGGAGCGGAAGAUGAUCGACAAGUUUCGAGUCCAUGUCCGGGGUGGAGACGGGGGAGCAGGUUGCACCAGUUUCCGCAAGAGUCGACAAGCUCGCUACGGUGCCGCCGAUGGGGGCAAUGGAGGAAGAGGCGGGGAUGUGAUUCUCGUCAGUUCAGCUGCUGUUUGGGAUUUCAGCAACCUCCAGCACCAUAUGAAUGGAGGAAGAGGCGGGCCUGGAAGCUCCAAGAAAAAAGUCGGAAGUCGUGGAGCCGAUAAGGUGGUGCAGGUGCCCGUGGGCACCGUGGUUCAUCUGCUGAGGGGCUCGAUCCCCUCUCUCGAGCAGCAUGCUGCAGAAGAACCGGCUUGGGAUGAGUGGGAAUCGGGAACCAUCUCAGCUGGACAGAAGCAUACUGCCGUCUUCGACCCGACUCCUCAUGCCAGGUCCGACACCAUCAUCGCAAGAGAUGAAGACGAAGAUGAAGUCAGCUCAAUCGAAGACGAGGAUACUGAACCUGUUCCAGCUCAAUCCAAAUCUGCUGACUCCAACGAGACGGGCAUGGCAGACGAGGAUUUGGUCGACAGCGAUCUGGAGGAGGAGGAGGAGGAGGAGGAGGAAGACAGCGACGAGGAUGAAAGGGGGCCCAUGUACAUUCAGAGCUCGAUUGCAGAGUUUGUCGGGGUCGGAGAGAGCUUGGCCCUGGCCUUCGGAGGCGAGGGAGGCAAAGGAAACGCGAGCAUUGCACGAGGAAGGGGAGCAGAGAAAGCUCUGCCGAGUCUGUCACACGAGCAGGGGAAGCCGGGGUCCGAGGCAGAUCUGAUUCUCGAGCUGAAGAGCAUCGCCGAUGUGGGGCUCGUGGGAGCACCGAAUGCCGGGAAGAGCACCCUCUUGGGCUCCAUGUCGAGGGCCAAACCUGUGACAGGGCACUACAAGUUCACCACCUUGAGGCCGAACAUCGGCAAGCUGCAGUUCGAGGAUCGCUACUCGUUCACGGUGGCAGACAUUCCAGGGCUGAUAGAAGGAGCUCACGAGAACAGGGGACUGGGCCAUAACUUUCUCAGGCACAUCGAACGCACCAAGGUGCUGGCUUAUGUGGUGGACUUGUCAGCUGGGAUUGGGGAAAAUCCCGGACCUUUACCAUGGGACCAGAUUCAGGAGCUCGAAUUCGAGCUGGAGCAAUAUCAGGAAGGGCUAUCAAAGCGUCCGUCCCUGAUCGUGGCAAAUAAAAUCGAUGAAGAGGGCGCCCAAGAGGCUCUAGAAGAGCUGAAGAGAAGGUUGCCAGAGCGGGAGGUUUAUGCUGUCUGCGCUGUCUUAGAGGAGGGUGUGGAUGCAUUGAAGAAGGCCUUGCGUGCUCUCGUAGAAAAGUCCGAGCCGGAAGCGCCCUCAUUGUCAGACAUCAGAGAAUUGUAGUGGAACCAUUUUUCAGGUUUACUGUAAAGAGUGUGGACGGGAUCAGGUUCAACGAUCUGAGUUCCUCGUGUGUUGUUCUAACGCAGUUAUCUGCCUCGGCUGAUUUUGUUAUGGACAUUUAGAAGAGUGGCAUGAAAAUUUCAACCUCUGGGCUCCGCUU